AUGAAGCAUCUACUCAAGAGACAUCAUUUCUGGCUGGUCAUCUUAUUGACACUUGCAUUUCCUGAACUGUCUGCAUCGGCUCUUGAUCUUGAGUUACCUGAUAACAAUCAGCCUCGGUGCGUUGGGAUAUCAAGAGGUAAACACUUUUUUCUUGGAUUUAUUGAUAAUUACGACGACAAAAACCUCGCAUCCAGGGAGCUGUUUAUUUUGGUGGUGGCAUUCAGUAAUCAGCAAACCACAGUCACCAUCAGCAGCAAGCACAAAAUAACAGGGAAACCAUUCCAGGAAACCUUUGUGAUCGAUGCAGGUGGAUUCAUACGGACCAACAUACCGGUCGAACUUGUGAUGGAAAACACUGAGAGGAGCCAAAAGGUGCUGGAAAUUUCAGCAAGCUCUGAUGUUUCUGCUUACGGUCUAAUGUAUCAAGAUUACACCACUGACGGUUUUCUCGGCAUACCAACAAAUAAUCUCGGCACGCAAUACGUGGUGACGACGUCAAGACCAUCGGGUGAUCAACGAUCGCAGUUUGCUGUACUUGGGACAGAGGAUUCCACUUUGGUCCAGGUUAUAUUACGAGGAGCUGUUAUCUUCGAAGGGCAACGCUACAGUCCAGGUGAUGUGCUGAGAUUCACUGUUAAUAACUUAGAAGCCGUUCAAAUCCAAGGUCGGAGGUCGGAAGAUUUAACGGGAAGUAUCAUUCAGAGUGACAAACCAGUUGCUGUGUUCAGUGGCAAUGAAUGCACAAACCACGCUGGUUCAUAUUGUGACAUGGUGACUGAGCAAUUGAUACCCGUAAAGAGCUGGGGACAGAGACACAUCUACACCGCGGCCCGAAGUGACGAUGACAACAUCUACCGCAUUGUUGCUUAUUUCAGCGAAACCAAUCUUACCAUCCCCGGCUUUGAACACCAGUCGUUGGAACCGGGUGAAUUUUGGGAAGGGCGUCUGUCGGGUUCCGGCCUCGUUACGUCAAGCAAACCCGCUCUGAUGAUGCAGCAUUUGGCGUCCAUCAAUGGUAUCACAGUCGACCCCUCCAUCAUUCAGGUUCCUGCAGAAGAACACUUUGGUUUUGUGUUUGGAUUCACGACCCCACCUCAUUCUGGAGGUGAUUCUGGUGGUUACUUCAAUUUCAUCAAUAUCAUUGUGAAAAAUGAUUCUCGGGAAACCAUCUUUCUUAACGGUUCCCCAAUCAACGACACAAAUGUACACGAAAGCGAUGUUCCUUACACUAGUUACAUUUCACUUACUGUUCAACUACCUAAAGGCGAAGGUGUCUACUACGUUGAACAAACAUAUCCUUAUUCAUCACCCCUCUCCGUCAUUGUCUACGGGUAUGAAGACGACGAAUCCUAUGGCUACGCCGCUGGUCUGUCUCUCCCCGCCAAUAAACAAGUGCUGAGUUUGACUCCUUACUAUUUGCGAGAACUUGGUGGCGAGCUUUUUACGGUAACUGUUCCCUGUUUGCAGACAAACUUGGCAUCUUUUCAAGAUGCCAAGUGCAAAUUUGCCACUAGCCUCGGAGAUGUCCUGGUUCCUGGUGAACGCACCGACUCUUAUACUGUUAUUUGUAUCACCCCAACCUUGUACAAGAACGGACUUACAUCUGUCUAUGUUUCACUUGACGAUGGUGAAUCAUUUCCGUACUCUGGCAUUGUCUACGUUGCAUCUGAAGAGGACCUUGCACCACUAGUUCAAAUCCAACAGAUGAAAUCCGAAUAUGGCAAUGACAUCGUUGACUUAACCUUAGAUGACCCAAUUAUCAUAUCUUGGGAUCCCAAAAGUAUUGGUGAAGGCGUUUCACAUGUGACUGUUAUGACGCAAGAAACAGAUUACGACAGCGAAGGGAAUCCAGUCUUGAUGGAAAGUGUUACAGUGAAAAACAAUGUCUUGAACAACGGCAGGCUGACGAUACAUGCAAGCGACCUGGAAUCACUCACCGGUGACGAUUUGUCACUUCAAGCAUUAUAUCUCACUCCAUCUGCCGUGCAAAAGCGAGCUAUACCAAUCGUGAUUGUAUGGGCUAUAAGAAUCUAUACAGUUUAUAAAAUUGUGAAACGCACCUGCACAAUUUCCAAGUAUCACUUCAAAACCACUGUUCCCACUGGACUUCCUGCAUGUCCUUGCAACACAGCACAAGCUCGACAAGACCUGAAUAUACAAGAGGAUAAUUUUGCGAUUUCCUUCUUUCAUCCGGGUGCUGAGAACUGUUACCGGUCUGUUAAUUCAUUGCCGAAUGGAGCAGGCCAACAGUGUUGUUACGGAAAAGACGGUAACAUCCUAGUAGGCCCUCCUGGAGGAGGAACAGCCGACAGAUAUGGUCCAGGUGGGUCCUGGAAUAUAAUCUGGCACCAGUGGUUCGAUGUUCUUCCUUGGCUUUGCCUAUGCAAACUGUCAAACAACUGUAAGGAAUACUACAAGUACAGACCAUCAGAUGAUUGUUCUGACUACGACCCACCUCGACCAGCUGGGGGCACUGGGGAUCCCCAUCUGACAAGUCUGGAUGGCUUAAAGUUCACAUUUAACGGAGCCGGGGAAUUCCUGAUGGCGUCAUCUGCAGUACAUAACUUAACCUUUCAAGCCCGUAUGGAGAGGUACCGCAACACCAACGCCUCUGUGUACACGGCAUUCGUUCUUCAUACCAACGAUUCCUCCCAAGUCCAGGUACAGAUGUCUACCAUGAACGAGACACUGAUUCUUGUAGAUGGUGAGCCGUUGCGUCUUGACUCGAUUCCUGUCAAAGUCCAUCGCCUCCGAGGGGUUCAAAUCCGCUUCAACUCUGUCUUGACCAAAAUCAACAUAGCAUUCAGUGCUGGCAUCGCUGUUACCGUGUACAUUGAUACAGAUCUAGAGGUGAUGUCUUUCAUCGCUGAACUAGGCGCUAAGUUCGAGGGUCAGGUUCAAGGGCUUCUUGGAAACCUAAACGGAAACCCAGAUGACGACCUUCAGUUCCCAAACGGAACCAUUAUGCAGCCAGGUUCUUCGCUGAAAGAACUUCACGAGUAUGGUUUGGAGUGGUUGGUGGCUAAGGAAGACUCUUUAUUCACCUAUAUUUCCCCAUUUGACUACAGCACAUACCACCUUCCUGAGUUUUCUCCGACCUUCGAGGUUCCUCAUCUGAACCAAGUGAGUCAGGAUAUCAAGGACCUGUGUGUCGACUCCAUUGAGUGUGUCUUCGAUGCGGUGAUCACCGGCAGCCUGUCUUUUGCUAACGAGACUCUGGUGGUGGAAAGCACAAUAAGUGAAGUCCAGAAAGGGUUGGUCAAGAUUGUUAGUUGUGGCUACCCGGGUGAUGUGGAGAAGGGAAUGCUGUCUGGGUCUCUGUAUCUCGUGAACGCCACUGUGGAUGUGGUUUGUGAUGAUGGCCUCGCCGUGAAAGGGUCCUCCACAUUGACCUGUCUUGAGGAUGGUCAGUGGUCGUCUGAUCUCCCUGUUUGUGUUGUCAACUGUGGCUACCCAGGUGAUGUUGAGAACGGGAUGCUGUCAGGGUCUGUGUACCUCGUGAACGCCACUGUGGAUGUGGCUUGUGAUGAUGGCUUUUCCUUGAAAGGGUCUUCCAACCUGACUUGUCUUCAAGAUGGUGAGUGGUCGUCUGAACUCCCUAUUUGUGUUGUCAACUGUGGCUACCCGGGUGAUGUGGAGAACGGAAUGCUGUCAGGGUCGGUGUAUCUCGUGAACGCCACUGUGGAUGUUGCUUGUGAUGAUGGCUUUUUCUUGAAAGGGUCUUCUAACCUAACUUGUCUUCAGGAUGGUCAAUGGUCGUCUGAACUCCCUAUUUGUGUUGUCAACUGUGGUUACCCAGGUGAUGUGGAAAACGGGUUGCUGUCAGGAUCUGUGUAUCUCGUGAACGCCACUGUGGAUGUGGCUUGUGAUGCUGGCUUUUCCUUGAAAGGGUCUUCUAACCUGACUUGUCUUCAGGAUGGUCAAUGGUCGUCUGAACUCCCUAUUUGUGUUGUCAACUGUGGCUACCCGGGUGAUGUGGAGAACGGGAUGCUGUCAGGAUCAGUGUAUCUCGUGAACGCCACUGUGGGUGUUGCUUGCGAUGAUGGCUUUUCCUUGAAAGGGUCUUCUAACCUGACUUGUCUUCAGGAUGGUAAGUGGUCGUCUGACCUCCCUAUUUGUGUUGUCAACUGUGGCUACCCGGGUGAUGUGGAAAACGGGUUGCUGUCAGGGUCUGUGUAUCUCGUGAACGCCACUGUGGAUGUGGCUUGUGAUGCUGGCUUUUCUUUGAAAGGGUCUUCUAACCUUACUUGUCUUCAGGAUGGUCAGUGGUCGUCUGACCUCCCUAUUUGUGUUGACGUAGAAGAUGUAGAGAAGACAGGGCUACAUCCGGGCAUCAUAGCUGCGAUUGCUGUUGGUGGUGUACUAGCUAUACUUGUAGUCGUCUUUUCGAUCCGGUACGUGUUGCAUAAAGGCAAGGUCGGGCCGGAAUAA